AUGGAUAACGAAAAUGUCAUCGACCCGCCCACGCCCUGGCAUGCUGCUUACCCAGCGCCCAGAAAUCCCGCUGCCACUAUUUGCCGGGAAGAAGUUCUUCGUAUGAUGAAGCAGAGCGCGGAAACUGCCAGCAAAAACUAUGUCCUUGUAGAUCUGCGUCGCAGUGACUAUCAGGGCGGAACCAUCCGCGAUUCAAUCAAUCUUCCCGCGCAGAGCCUGUAUCCCACUAUACCCACCUUAUACGCACUCUUCAAAGGAGCGGGCAUACGUCAAGUUAUAUGGUACUGCGGCUCUUCUAAAGGACGAGGUGCGCGUGCUGCUGGUUGGUUCGCCGAUUACAUUGAAGACCAAGGAGAUACGCAAAUGAAGAGUGUCGCCCUGGCUGAGGGUAUUAAGGGAUGGGCGACGUCGGCAGGCGGCGAGUAUGUCGAGCAUAUGGUUGAAUUUGAUCCCAGCGCAUGGUCGUGA